UGCGAGGCACAAAGUGUAUUAUAACGAGGAUCGUUUGACAGCUAAAAUUAGGCUAAAUUGAAAAGUUCAUCGCAGUGUAUAAAAGGCGUAACAUAUAAAAAUAAGUAAAAUGUUGCGAUCGAAGGCCACGGCGGCCUUGAUGAAGCUCAAGGAAAUCGACAGAAAGUACAAAAUGAAAUGCAGCGAGGAUCACGUGAAACGGCAAGGCAGCUUGAGCGAUAUAAGCGCAGUAGACAGCGCAGACGAAGUGUCGAAACCCGCGGGUGCAUCUGGUGCCGGCGAUGCGAUAGCGCGGCCUAAAUUAGACGUGAGAAUGCCCGACGCUCACUUGGAGCCCAGCGAAGGACGUCGAGGUCAGGGAGCCGAGUUGGUGACGAUUUUCGACUAUAAGUCGGGAAAAAAGAUUCCAUUGCAAGAAUCGGCGAAUUAUCAAAGAGCCGAUUCGGCAGCCGGCGAAGCCGAAAACCAGGAGGCAAGAAAGCGAUCCGAAACUCCAUCGCUGCAGGUCGAAUCCGAGAGAGAGUCCGCGGGCAAGUUGACGACGGAAACUUCGAUCAGCGAAGAAGUGCCGGAAGUCGUUCGGCCGACCACGCCAUUUUCACGUCCGGUCUCUGACCACCUAGACGUCCCUUCUCUCGGCGAAGAAAUCACCAUGAAAAGCGUCGAGUCGAUAAUUGAUGGGGACGAACGGCCAGCGAGCACCUUGGACGCCGAUUCACCGAUCUUGAUGGCUUCCGCUGGCUACUCAGACGACUUUGUUAGAAGUACGUCCUCUGCUAAGACUCUCAGUAUCGUGGAGGAGGAUCUGGAGGCGCAAGAACCGAAAGCCUCAUCUUCGCCUUCGGGCUCUUAUAGGCCACAACGCUCAUCGCCUACUUCGAUGCAGUCGGAGACUAAAAAGCUCACCGAACUCGUAGCGCCGAAGGUGAUUCGCGUCCUGAGUAAAUGCGACGUCGGCUUGGAUCCUGAGCUCAGUGAUUAUGUAAAAGCGACCGAGCGUCGAGCAUCGACGAACGGAAACACCGAAAGCCCCGUUCGUCUCCUCAGGUCUUCGCCGCCUUCGACUGAUCGCAGCGAUGAAAUUCGCCGGACGAAUCGGGUGAAGCGAAGGACUCGGACUGCAAUUUCUUCCAGGGAUUCCUCCGGACUUUCGUCCAAAGAAGAUUCUGAAACCGAGAAGAGAAACGACGGGGGUAUUAUUGCUAAGCAGGAAGAAACGGUGAUGGAAAAUCGUCGUAUAGUUUUCCUCAUGGAAGGUAGAAAUCUGCAGUCUACCACCAACUCCACCGACGUACUCCAGAAAUACGAAAGGGGUUUGGAAAAAGCGAAGUCUAAGAGCGUGAGAAAUCGGACGAGGAUCGAAGCUCCGGUUUCACUGGUCGAAGAACCCGACCUGCAGACUCGCUUCAAGGAUUGGGAAAAAGAGGAGAACGUUUCUGCGGCGGUACAGCAACCUGAACAGGUUCCACCGUCCGACGAAGCUUCCGCCGUCGGUGGUCAGUUUGCGACCAGCGUUGGGAAGCCCCGGUCGAAAAAACCCAAAAUAGAGGAGCGCCACCGGGCGGGUAAAAGUCGGACCAAAGCGGACCGGAAGAAACCGAGUUGCGGGUCUGCAGGCGUAGAAGAAGAAUCAGGCGCGAAACGAGUAGCCGGGGACGUGGAAAGGCUCAGACGGCGGUUGAAGGAGCUUCUUCUGGAACAGGAGCGAGAGCAGCUCCGACCUCGCGUACGCAGAUACCUUCAGCAAAUGAUGGACGAGGAUGACGGAUUCGGGGACUGCGCCGCAGCCUCGUCGUCUUCUGGAUUGCAACGAAAAGAGAGUCUACGCUUACGCUCCGUCUUCAAGCCGCUCGACCUCCCGAACGUCGCUGCCUUUAAACGACCCGAUUUCGAAGACGACAAGAUCGCUGACCUGGACUGCGAGAGCCGUUUACAUUUGCGAAUGAUUCAUGAACGUGUCCUUGAAAUACGACAUUGGUUGAAACAGCAGUUCGUCCUUUAUAGAGACUACAGCAAUUUAGCAUCGACUAUUAACGCAUCCUACAUCCCAGUCACUUUGAAAGAAACGAAAAAGAUGAUUCGUGAAACGCAACGUUUCCGUGAUAUUAUUAUACGAGAGAGGCGAUGUCACGUGACAUGAUUUAUAUUAUAACCUACAUUAUAUACUAUCGUUCAACUUCCGAUCUGGACAUA